UUUCCCUUUUGUUGGCCUCUCUCCUGCACCAUGUGCGAUGCUCCUCAUUCAAUUGAACUGCUACUAUAGUGAAUUUUCCAUGUUUUAAUGCGUCUGCUUUCUCAUUUUUCUUUUGAUCAUUAGUGAUGAGUAUGAAGUGGUAUGAUCAUUGAUUUGUUAAAGGCAAGCGUGGUGUUAGAUAACUCCAAUUUUUCUAACACUCCACCCAGAAAUGGAUUCCACUCUUCACUCCAACAGAACCAAUAGGUGGAGAAAGAGACCCCCAAAUUGCAAAACCCCUUUCCUCACAUUCUUCACAAUCCUAUUUUGUGUAGUUUUCUUCAUCUCCUCCAAAUCCCUAUUUUCCCCUUCAAUCCUCCAAAUCUCCUCAAAUUCCCAAUCCGAUCUCCCCUUACAAUGCACCAUCACAAGCACCAUUGGUUCACCGGAAAAGUUCCUCUGGUACGCACCACACAGCGGAUUCAGCAACCAGCUCUCUGAGUUCAAGAACUCAAUUCUAAUGGCUGCGAUUUUGAAUCGAACGUUAAUUGUUCCUCCUGUACUGGAUCACCAUGCUGUUGCUCUAGGGAGUUGCCCCAAAUUCCGGGUUUUGAAUGCUAAUGACUUGAGAUUCAAAGUCUGGACUCACAGUAUUGAGCUCAUCAGCAAACGCAGGUACACAUCCAUGGCAGAUAUAAUUGAUCUUUCAUCUCUGACGACCAUUGCGCAUGUCAGGUUUAUAGAUUUCAGAGUUUUCGUAUCCAUGUGGUGUGAGGUGAAUAUCAACUUGAUUUGCUCUGAGGACUUAAGUAAGCACUCUUCUUUACUUGAAAGCCUGAGACAAUGUGGAUCGUUCCUCUCUGGGUUGAAUGGAAAUGUGAAGAAUUGUUUAUACGCUUCAGAGGAAGAUUGUAGAAUGACGGUGUGGACAUACCAAAAAGAUGGUGAACAUGGGAUUUUGGAUUCAUUUCAACCUGAUGAUGAACUCAAGAAGAAGAAGAGAAUUACAUUUGUGAGGAAAAGGAGAGAUGUCCAGAAGACCUUUGGUCCUGGCUCUGAAGCUGGAUCAGCCAGUGUUUUGGCAUUUGGGAGCCUUUUUACUGCUCCUUAUAAGGGCUCGGAGUCACAUAUCGACAUCCAUGAAGCUCCAAGGGACCAAAGAAUACAGUCCUUGAUUCAGAAAAUUGAAUUUCUUCCUUUUGUUCCAGAAAUAAUAAAUUCUGGGAAGAAGUUUGCUCGCCAGACAAUUAAGGCUCCUUUUCUUUGUGCACAGCUUAGAUUAUUGGAUGGUCAAUUCAAGAACCAUUGGAGAGAUACGUUCCGGGCAUUGAAAGAAAAACUGGAUUCUUUAAAACAGAAGGGUCCUCUCCCAAUUCAUGUAUUUGUAAUGACAGACCUUCCCAUGAGCAAUUGGACUGGAAGCUACUUGGGGGAUCUGGCAAAAGAUUCGGAUACUUUUAAGUUAUUUAUCCUUAGAGCGGCAGACAAGAUUGUAACAGAAACUGCUGAGAAACUUGUGAGUACAAGACAUAAUGCAAAAUUUGAGUCUGCUGUCAAUAGUCUUGACAGGGGAGAGAAGCAUUGUAAUCCUCAAUCAUUGCCCGAUAUACUUCUAUUUAUGGAAGAAACUGUUUGCAGCUGUGCUCAUCUAGGUUUCGUUGGGACUGCUGGCUCAACCAUAGCUGAAAGCAUAAAAUUGAUGAGGAAAGAUAGCGUAUGUUUGCCAUGAAAUUUCGAAAAAUUCUCGUGCAACAAUUUUUGUCUGCUGAUAUGGACUUCAUUGUUUCACCUCCAAGAAUGUGAUCGUUGUUGCAGUGCACUUGUAUCAUUCAUACUUGCCGAGUUAGAAGUAAAUUUAAGUGCAAGUCAAAAAUCUCGGUAUCAGAAUUUUGUUGGCCUGUUUUGUUUGAGCAUACUUAACUCACUCAGCAAGGAGCUAAAAAAAGAGUGUAUAUUUUAUUAAUAGCGGGUUAGAGUAUUUCCAAGAAACUUUUAAAGGAUGGAUGCCUUUUAUUUUAAAUAGUUAAAUUUUUAAAAUUAAGCUUUAGGAAAUUCUUUUUAGUUAACUUUUAAAGUAGUGAUUCAUUCCCUGUUUGUACUUUUCAAGAUUGUAUUUGAUAAAAUGACAGGUUCUGAUGCUCAA